AAUGUUGUCCCUCAUUCUCAAUUUCAACUGUUGUGGGAUAGAGUCUGUUUACCACUGGAUGUCAAAUAUCAGCUGCCGGAAGUUUUAGUUAAUGCGUUUCUGCUGGUGAUUGCAUGUCGUUUCGCGUCAGAAAACGUUUGCUAGCUGUACAGUACAGAAACACAUCAGUCCGCGAUGGGAAAAGUGAAAGCCAUUUUACUGUGCGCUGCAUCAAGAUGCAUCAGUAGGGAGCUUGCAGGAUAACUAGUGAGCCCUCUUUUUUGUAACGUAUUUGCUGAGAUGAUAAAGUAUUUAUAUAGAAAACAGUGGCUAAAAUUCGAUCUGCAUGUUCAAAAUCGGCGUGUGUAGGCAUACAGUGAGACAGGUGGAAGACUUGGCUCAUAUCGGUAGCUACAAUAGCCUAUCUGCACGGUUAGUGGUGCUAGAAAGCCUGUAGCAAAAUAACGUUUAAUUCUUGCUGUGCUUUACUUGUGCACGUUUGUUGCUUCUUUGUGGAAGUGUGUAGCUAUUCUUGGGCUCCUAUCCAUAUUUCUUUAUGAAUAAUAUUUAACCAUAGUAAUAUGUGUAGCUGGCUAGCUACAACUAAUUUCAUUUCAUCGAUAUUAAUGACGUGCUCGUACCGUAUGCAAUGGGUGUUCUCUGACUAGCUGUCGAUGAAACCAGCAAACAAGCUAGAGAGUUAAUAUAAUCAAUUUAAUAGCAGUGUACUAAUUUACCCUAAUUUGGUGGAACUUUUAAAGACGAUUAUUGAUUUAGUAAAUCAGUGUCAAAGAGUCUCUGAGCUCCAGUUUUCUUUUCAUUAUCUGGAAUUGCCAUUACUUUGGGCAGAAUCACUGGUCGCUUCUGGUCCCGGUAGGAUGCACGCUGCCCGUAGCCCCGGCACUCUGCCGGUGGGUGGUGGUGGGGAUGGCCCGGAUCUUUGCCUCUCGGGCUCCCAGCUGUCUGUGUCGCGCCGGCCCAGCAGCGCGUCAUCGGGGAAACAUUUCUCCCGCUCCGUGUCGGUCUCUGUGGCGGGCGACGGCCGGGGAAAGCGCAACACGCUGGCUGAAGUUGGACUGGGCAGUUCCCGCUCCAUCAAGAACCUGCGGCGCUCCAACAGCACCACCCAGGUCAACCAGCGAGCCGAGACCAGCGUCAGGGAGGAGCCGUCGGAGGACUUCCUGUCUUUCUUUGACCGCAGUCUGGACGGCAGGAGGAAGCUGGCCAGCCUCAGCAAGACCUCUCCUGACCGCACCACCUGGAACAUCCUGGUACCUCCAUCUUCCCACAAUCCCCACUGCACGCUGGGACCGCCCACGGGGCAGAGGAAGAGAGAGGCGGGCGUGGCUCUGGCCCCCAACUUCACCGCCAACAACAGGAGCAACAAGGGAGCCGUGGGGAACGCCGUGACGACCAUCCUGCACAACAACCACUCAGACCAGCCCCUCACGCCCAAGAGCUCCAAUCAGAGGCCUUCCUUCAAUAAUAUCCUGAAAGCCACGGCCCAUGAGGAAAGUCCGGUGGACGGUGGAUCUUUGACGAAGUCGCAGAAGAACUUCUCGUCCUCGUCCAACAACAACAACGCCAGCUGCAGUAGCCCCGCCCACCUCGGCAGCCCCGCCCACCCCAGCAGCCCCACCCUCCUCCGGAGGCGUGAGGUCACAGAGGAGGAGGCUGAGAGGUUUAUUCAGCAGGUGAACCAUGCUGUGGUCACUAUCCAGCGCUGGUACAGACGCCACGCUAAGAGGCAGCGGACAAGCCAGGCAGCACUGGAGCGCCUGCUUAGUGCCAACAAGAAGGAGCAGGAGCAGAGCAGGAUGGAAAUAAUACCACAGAAGAAGAAACCGGAGGACAGGAAGCGGGUUCGGGAAGAGAAGGCACGGCUUGCCCGUCUUGCAGCCAUUGAGGAGCUGCAGCAGAAGAGGGCCCAGCGGGCGCUGGAGGUGCAGAGGGUGGUGGGGGUGGAGCUUGCGGCUCUGAGGCAGGCUGGGAAGGUUGGCCGGAGGAAACCCGCCAAGGCGUCGCCUAGCAACCAGAGCAGCAGCCCGACGACCGACACCAAGGCCAAGAACACCGACUCCAGUGGGAAUGUGGCCGCUGAAUUGGGGGAGUCCUCCAAUCAGAGGGCCACAUCGCCCUCAACCCCCCCCUGUACAGGAUCCCAGGAUGCUCUGGGGCCUGUGGGUGUGGAGGAGCACCAGCAGGGGGCGCUGAGCAGCACCCUGACCGAGCUGCUGGACUCUCUGAGACUGCUGGAGGGCGAGCCUGAGCCCCGGAGCUUCAGCAAGGAGAAAUACGCCUGGAUCGACGAGGACGGGGACUCCAGCAGUCUCACAGCGGAUAACCUGCAGAGACACGGGCAGCUGAGUCAGACAGCGCUCUGUGAGGGGGGGGCUCUGCUCUCCCAGGCCAAGCUCCGCUCCAUCAUCAGCUUCCUGGACGAGAUGGAGCAGGCGGAGCAGGACCCGCCCCGCUCCGUCACCUCGGGGUCGCACCGAGAGGUUCUGAUGUCGGAGGAAGAGGUGGGCGGGGCUCAGGUGGGCAUCGAGCAGGCUGUCGCCACGGCAGCAGAGGUCACGACCUCCAUGAUGAGUCUGAAGCUGCAGCUGGAGGAGAAGAAACGCACAGUCAACAUGCUGCAGAGUGCCCUGGCCCAACAGAGGGAGCUCACGCUGCGUCAUGUGAAGGAGACUGAGAGGGAGCUCGGCCGAAACCUGCAGCAACAGAAAGAGCAGUACGAGAGUACCAUCCAGAGACACCUGGGCUUCAUUGACCAGCUGAUCGAUGAUAAGAAGGUCCUGAGUGAGCGCUGUGAAACCAUGGUGACGGAACUCAAGCAGGUGGAUCAGAAAUACACCAAGAAGAUCACACAGAUGCAGGAACAGCACGACAUGGUUUGGCACAUUCUGGGUCCCUUGUGUGAGGAGAUUAAGAAGCUGAAGGAGCUGAUGAGUGCCAAUGAGAAGGUCCGCAGGGAGAAGUGGAUCAAUGAGAAGACCAAGAAGAUCAAAGAGAUCACGGUGAAAGGUCUGGAGCCGGAGAUUCAGAAGCUGAUGGCGAAGCACAAGGCGGAGCUGAAGAAGCUGCGGGUUCUGCACGAGGCGGAGCUUCAGCAGGCCGACGAACGUGCGGCCCAGCGAUACGUCCAUCAGACCCAGGAGCUCCGCCUACAACUGGAGAGGGACAGAGAGCAGUGCUGCCAGAGAGAGAGAGAGCAGGCCCAACACAGGUAUGAACAGCAGCUGCAGGAGGAGGAGAAGGCGCUCCAGCAGCAGAGACGGAGGCUGUAUAAGGAGGUGGGCGAGGAGAAGGAGCGGCUGAACCAGCUGGCCACCAGGCAGAGGGAGGAGCUGGACGAGUUGCGGAGGCAGUUGGAUGAGAACAGCGCUGCGGCUGGUCGAGCUCUCCGGGAGGAGCUGGAGAAAACCCGUCAGGAACAGGACCGCCGGCACCAGGUGGAGCUGAAGGCCCUGAAAGAACGCUUGGAGAUUGAGAAACAGGCCUGGGAGGAGAACUACAUGAAGAAGGAGGAGGCGUGGCUGCUUGGCCGGGAGCGGGAGCUGAAGGAGGAGGUGCGGCGGGGGCGGGACCAGGAGAUCGAGCUGGCCAUUCAGAGGCUGGAGGCGGAGACCAGCGGGGCGCGGGAGGAGUGUGAGCGCGCGGCUGAGAACAGGGUGAAGCGUGUACGGGAGCAGUAUGAGUGUGAGCUCAGGGAGAUGGAGCUGACGGAGAGAGCCCUGCAGGACCGGCACAAGGAGCUGAAGUUGCGUCACAGUGAGAGCGAGGCUCAGCAGCUCCACCUGCAGGCCACCCUGCGCCAGCGCGAGCUGGACCUGCAGGACCUGAGCCAGAUUCGGGACAGGCUGGUGGAGGAGCGCCGCAGCCUGGCGGAGGUGAUCCGUCAGGAGUUUGCUGAGCGGCUGGUGGUGACGGAGGAGGAGAAUCGUGUGCUGAAGGUGGAGAGGGCGGAGCUCCGGGCCCGGCUCCGGUUGGAGGUGGAGAGGGUGACGCGCGAGAAGGAGGAGGAGCUUGCCGAGGUGCACCAGAGGGUGAAGUCGGCCAUUUUGAAGAAGGAGGAGACUGUCAGCGCUCUGCGGAAGCAGCAUGAGGCAGCGCUGAAGAGGGCGGAUCACCUGGAGGCCCUGUUGGAGCAGCAGAGGAAGCAGCUGCUGGGGAAAUGACCGACUCCGCCCCUGACUCCACCCACUGACCAUGCCCCUGACUCCGCCCCUCCCAGUUUGCCAAUCGGAGUUGUGCUUCAGGCUGCGGUGUGUGGAAGGACAGACAGACGGCCCGUGUGUAUGGACUGUACGGAGCGUGACCUGGAACACGCAUAUCGUUACGGGAACACACCAGAAGUCACGCCUCUAGUCUGCUACUGGAGGAACCAGAGACUGCUACUGCUAACAGCACUUACACACACUUACACACAUAUAUACACAAUUACAUACACUUACACACACUUACACUCACACACAUAUAUACAUACAUAUAUACACACACUUACAUAUAUACACACACUUAUACACACUUACACACACUUACACUCACU